AUGAAUCACUCAACGAUAUCUGAAGGCCAGGCCACCACCACCACCUUGGCCAUAUCUCAAGUCCAAGUUCCUCUUACCUCAACAACAUCUCAAAGCCAGGCCACUACCUCGACCAUAUCUCAGGGCCCUGCCCCUGACCCUAACUCAACCAUAUCUCAACACCCGACUCACAACAACCACUUUGCAGCCAACAACGAAGACGAAGACGGUCUGCGCGGUACAAUGGAAGAUGACCAUAACAUCGAUGAAGCGUCAUUUCGGAAAAAUCAAAUGAAACUUUCCGACUCUCAAAUGGAACCCUUUGCAACGAUGGAUCUUGCAGCCCUUACCGCAGCCUCAAAAUCCUAUUCCACUAGACGACGUAUGACAGACGAUAUGAAAGAAGAAGUCGACGAGAUGUACUAUGAAUUCCAAUGCAAUAUUGCCAAGUUAUCAAUCCAAAAUCGUGUUGGAGCGCAUCUUUAUUUUGAUCAUGUGGGUCAAAGCCGAAGAGUAAGAGCCGGAACCUCCUGGAACAAUUUUCAGAAAUACGAUCCCGAGGCACAGAAGAUGUUUGAUGAAUUUGGUCUCAAUGUUGGACGUUCCAAGGUCUCUGCCAUAUGGGCCAGGAAGACUUGGCCAGAGAAACUCCGAUAUCGAGACGUGGACUACUUGAAGACCUUGCGUGAAGUCACGACCAAUUCUGGGGAAUCUAAUGUACCUCACCCGGGAACCGUAUUACAUGCGCCGACAGGAAGCAGUCCAACUCGAUUAAAUGGAAGAGUCCAACUCUCAAAGGUUUCUUUGGAGAAAACAUCAUCUUUGGUAGCUAAUUGGGUGACUAAAAUACAAUCCGAUUUGGAUUCAUUCGCUUUCUUUCAUCAAGUUGAGGGCUUUUAUGUCAUUGCCUCUCGACAUCCCAAGAGCACCAUCUUUCACAAAGGUGGCUCUUCGGUUGGUAACAAAUUUCUACGAAUGUUAGCUCAGAAUAAGGAGACCGACCCCGCAGCAGAUUUUCAUACCUGGACGGCUGCCCAAGCGAUUCAACUUAGCAACGGAUGCGGGACAACUCUUCAUCUUCAAAGUCGUAUCAAGACUGUUGAUGAUGUUGCAGAGAAGUUUCGAGCUGGGAAGCAUGCCGACAACAUCAAAGCUAUACGAGACAAGCUGAGGCAUCUAAUUUAUGUUGCAAGUGGACAUAAACUCAAUUCUCCAUGGCCUGGUGAGGAUACCGAUUACCGAUUACAAGAGUUGAAAUUUUCAUUUUCGAUAGACGACAAUCAAUGGAACAUCGAACCAAACGACUUGAAAAAACCGUUAGUCAAAUUGAAUUGCGGAACAGCUAUGGGGAUCUUGGCAUGCUUGGGUUUGAACAAGAUCCAUUUAACCUACCAUCCCGACUGGGAGGACAUCUCACCCCGUCCCCGAAAAAAACAAUCAAACACUAACAAGCGUAAGAACAAAAGAAAUCGCAAGGAUGAUGAGAAUGAGGAUGAAGAUGAGGACGAAGAUGAGGAUAACGAGGAUAAUAAUAAUAACAAAAACCCUAGUGAGUCUAACUCAGGUAACCAACCUCAACACAAGCGUCUUCGUAUCAAUGCUGCCACUGACAAUGGGUUUCAAGCAGGCAACCAACCUCAACGCAAACGAACUCGUACUGAUGCUGCCACUAACAGUUCUACCGCUGACAAUUUGUCUGAGUCGGGUAACCAACCUCAAAACCAUCCCAAUCGUAAUGAUGGUGCCACUAACGGUUCUACCACUCUCAACAAGAAGAAGCGUUUCCGGCCAAUCAAAACGGCCAGUAAGACCCUUAGUGCAACCACUGCUGACACCAAUCAGUUAGAAUCAAACAAGGGUAAUCCGGCUGACAACAAUCGAGCGGAUGUAUCAGGCGAGGGCAAUCCACCUGGCGAGGGUGCAACCAAUGCUAAUGAAACCCCCGAUAAUGACCCUACUUUGGACCCACUCCUUGCAGCACUUGUUUGA